AUGUCUUGUUCCGAAAAGCCGCGCGAGGAUUUUAUUGAGGAAGAAACAAAGAGCUCGAGCUCUGAUCUCCCUGAAAUCGGAAAAUCAGCAACCCUUGAUACAGUACACAAUGACGAGGCUAUCAAAGUCCUCGCAAAUUAUACCGGCGAUGAAGUCUGGACGGAUGAAGAAGAGAAGAAAGUUCUCCGCCGAAUCGAUUGGAAAUUAAUGCCAAUUCUGUGCGUGACUUAUGGCUUACAGUACUACGACAAGGCCAUGUUCUCGCAAGCAGCACUUUUUGGUCUCCGAGAAGACCUGCACUUGGAGAUUGGAAAUCGCUACUCCUUUUCCGCUGCCAUUUUGUACUUGGGCUUCAUGGUUGGGGCAUAUCCUGCCAUGACCCUUGCUCAAAGGUUUCCUAUCGAACGAGUUGCUUCAUGCAUUAUCACAUUAUGGGGGAUCUGUUUGAUCUUGACGCCUGUUUGCUUCAAUUACCAGACGCUAUACGUUCAGCGAUUUUUUCUCGGCAUGUUGGAAGCCGGAGUCAGCCCGAUGUUCAUGUUAAUCGUGGGUGGUUGGUAUAAAAAGGACGAACAGGCAUUCCGCAUGGGAAUCUGGUACAGCUGCACCGGCUAUGUCUCCGUCUUCUCCCCUCUGAUCAACUACGGCUUGGGCCACAUAACCGGAUCCCUUUCGCCAUGGAAAUACAUGUAUCUCGUCGCCGGAGCAGUAACCAUCAUUUGGGGAAUCAUCCUCGUUUUCCUCCUCCCAUCCGAUCCAAUCCGAGCACGGGGGUUCAACGAGCGACAACGCUACAUCGCCGUCGCCAGACUCCGCGUCAACAAUUCCGGCGUCCGUAACACACAUUACAAAAAGGGCCAAGUCUUAGAACUCCUCACAGACCUGAAAUUCUGGCUCGUAUUCUUUAUCGCUUUCCUCGGCAUGAUUGCCAACGGUCCCAUCUCUACUUUCACGCCCAUCAUCAUCAAUUCCUUCGGGUUUAACACACUCAAUUCUCUCCUCCUGGUCAUCCCUGCAGGGUUCAUUGGCGGAACGUACCAACUGCUCGGACCGUAUUUAGCAUAUAAAUAUUCUAAUAGUGGCGUGCGUGCGUGGAUCGUUUUUGUUGCGCAAAUGAUUACCACCCUGGCGGCGAUUCUACUCGUCGCCUUGCCGCUUGAUGCCACGGGCGGCCUACUUUUUGCUUGUUAUAUUCUUCCUGCUAUUGGGGGUGGUUAUGCUGUUUUGAUGGGAUUGCAGAUUGCUAAUAUUGCCGGAUAUACGAAGCGAUCGAUUGCUUCGUCAGGACUCUAUAUUGGCUACUGCCUUGGUAAUUUUACUGGACCACUUGUGUAUCAGACGAAAGAUGCGCCAAGAUAUGUGCCUGGUUUUAUCACAGUUGUGGUAACUUCUUUCGCGGCUGGGAUCCUCGUUCUAGUUUAUCGGUUUGUGUGCGUCUGGGAAAACCGGAAGCGAGAUCAGUCGGGGACGGCUGAGGGGUACGAAAAUGCAUAUCAAGAUGAUUUGACUGAUAAAACG